CUCUUCCGUACACGCAUGCGCAGUGCUAACCCCGCCCUUUAUGGGCGUGGCCUGAGCUGUAUUAACCAGUCAGCGCUGGCUUUGCGUUACCGUGGCAACGCGAUGCGGAAGCGCCGCCCGCGCAUGCGCAGUGGCGGCGCGGGCAGGGAGCGCCGCGCGGGCGGAAUUUUGGGGGGAAUUUUGGAAAUUUUGGGCAAUUUUGGGCUGAAUCCGGCGGGUUUUGGGGUCCCAAUGGCGGAGCUGCACCUCAUCGGGCAGAUCGAGAGCGGCUGCGGCUUCUCCGAGCGGCGCCUCUUCUGCAAGUGGGGGCUGCACGCAGGCGCGGGCUGGACGCUGCUGGCCGGGGCGGGCGCGGGGCAGACCCACCUCGAUGAGCCCCAGGCGGGUGAAGCUGCGCAGUGGGGCCACCCCCUGGACCUGCACCUGGGGACACGCGGCCUGCAGGGCUGGCCCAGGCUGCUGCUGGAGGUGUGGCACGUGGACACGUGGGGCCGCCGUGGCCUGGCGGGGUACGGCGUGUGCGCGGUGCCGAGCGCGCCGGGGUGUCACCGCGUCACCGUUGUCACCUGGCGGCCGCGGGGGACGCGGCGCCAGCGGCUGUUGGGCCCCGGUGGCCCCGAACUGCGCGACCCCUUGGGGACGGCCACCGCGGCCACCGAGCGGUUCCGGCUGCGCACCGAGAGCGCCGGCACGGUGCGGCUGCGGCUCGGCGUGGUGGCACGGCACAUGGCGCGCUUCGGGGUGGCACUGUGACACCCCUGGGGACAUUGGGGACAUUGGGGACAUUGGGGACAUUGGGGACAUU